CCAGAUCAUGUGACAAAGACCCGGAAAAGCAAAUAAUUCAAGAUGUCGCAAAACGGAAUUACGAGCUAUUGAGUUCCUAUCUCUCUCUCUCUCUUUGUUUUUGGCCUUAAAUAAAAAUACAGAAUGCAAAAUUACGACAAGACAGCUGUGGGCUCCAUGCCUGCCACCGCGCCUGAUUUCAGAGGGAAUGACGGUUCUCUUGUCUCUGUUCUCAAGACUCUCUUGUUUUUCACGCUUCUGAUGAUAACUCUACCCAUCGGACUGUAUUUUGCAUCGAAGUCUUUUCUCUUUGAAGCCUCUCUGGGUUACUCCAGCAAUGACAGCUACUUCUAUGCUGCCAUUGUUGCAGUGCUUGCCGUCCAUGUAGUUUUGGCACUCUUCGUUUAUGUUGCAUGGAAUGAGGGAUCACAACAAUGGAGAGAGGGAAAACAGGAUUAAACAGGACUGAAAACUACAGGGAGAGAUUGGAACACACACGAUAAUCAUUGAUUUUAUUCAUUCCUGAACAAGAAAAUCAUAAUGGAGUGACACCAUCUGUGUGUGUGUGUGUGUGUGUGUGUUUACGUUUCUCCUGAGUAUCUAGAGAAGAUGCCUGAUUUUUUUUUUUCUUCAUCUCAUGGAAUAGUCGAGGUCAUCUUUUGCUCUAGCUGGAGGUCAGUCUGUGUUUUUGUGCAGAUAAAACACAUUGUUCCUUCAGUGUCAUAUCCUGACCCAUCUUAGUCGAUUCAAUAGAUGAAUUCAAUUCUGAAUCAACUGAUUUCAAGCUGUUGUAGUCAAACCUAAACCUAAUUUUAGUAUCUUCCCUGAUAUUUUUACUCAAACACACAGUGAUUGUUUAGUCAGUUGGUUGUUUGAAACUAGUUUGUGUCUGUGUGAUUAAGUCAAAAAUAAUUCCAAGAUGGAUCAUUUCAUGUUGUUUUAUUUAUCAAUUAAAGCUGUUCUCUGGA